AUGAGGGUUUGGACAUUUAAAGGGGGUAAAUCCGAGGUGUUCACGUGUGAGGUAGUAAGCAGGAAGUUAGUGAGGUUAUCAGAAGACUUCUUCUGUGUGCUGUAUAAGGAAUAUAUUAAUAAUGAAAAUAUUAAUAUUGAGGGAAUAUUAAAAUUAGUUAUAAAAAAUAUUAAUAUAAAUAUUAUUACUAUAUCUGGUAAUAAUGAAAUUUUUAGUGAUGGAAUAUUUUACACAAUAAGUAAUAAUAAAAGACUUAUGACACAAGAUGUAAUUAAUAUUAAUAAUUCAUCAAUGAUCAAAAAGUUUUGCAUUAUUUAUUUUUACGCUAAAAACAAAAUCGAAAAAAUGUGCGACGAAAACGGAAAGAUAGCAGAAUAUAUAAGACAUAACAUCAUAAGUAAUGACCCCAGCUUAACCCAUGUGAUAAACAGGAUAAACAAGCUAGAGAGUGAGCGGGACUCAUUCAAAUCCUUCAUACAAGCAAGUAUAACAGAUGUAUUUAAUGAAAUAAUCAAAGAACUGAAGGGUAUGACAGAUUCUGAGGUAGAUAAAUUAUUUAACACAGAAUAUAGUACACAAUGUAUUAAUAAUUAUACAGAUGACCCAGAAUAUAGUACACAAUGUAUUAAUAAUUAUACAGAUGAGGCAGAAUAUAGUACACAAUGUAUUAAUAAUUAUACAGAUGACCCGGAAUAUACUACACAAUGUAUUAAUAAUAAUGGAUAUUUAUAUUACUUAUUAUACACUGUACUAAUAAUAAUAAUUAUAAUAAUAACAGUAUUUAUUAUACACUGUAUUAAUAAUAAUAAUUAUAAUAUAAUAUAUAAAUAA